AUGGUAGGACCCGGUAACUGGAGUAACCCCUUACUACAGAGAACUGACGAGGACAAACCGAGUGUUAUCGAUAUUGAUAGUCUCCAUCCCACACUGGUCACAGCCGGCAGUGUCACUUUGGAGUGGUCUGCCCCUUGUCCCCCUAACGGUGUUAUCGGUAACUACCUCAUACACUGGAAUACGUCAUCAACUAUCAACACAUCAGAUAGUUCCAUGUCCUACACAAUACCGGGUCUACAGCCAUACAGGAACUAUACGUACCAGGUCGCCGCUGUGACGGGGGCGGGUAUAGGGAAUUAUACCUCAGUAAAAACCGUCACGACUUUAACUGAUGUGCCACAUAAAUUGUCUGAGGUUAAUGCGUCUACAGUUAACUCUACACGGAUUUCUGUGACAUGGAAUAAGCCAAACUUGAAAACAGGACCAACCAGCUACACGGCUACGGCAAUAGACGAAAAAACACAAAAGAAUACGUCUUCCUGUACUACAACGGGGUUUGAGAGUACCAUGUGUAUGAUAGGAAAUCUUGAUGAAUACUGGAAUUACACCAUUGUCGUCAUAGCGACAACAGUGAACGGAUCUGCUUAUUCUUCCAACAACAAGACUGUCAAAACUGCACAGGCUGUACCUGGAAACGUGACAGAUCUCCACGUGAGUGUCGAGUCGGACGUCACCAAGGCGCGGACAGUAGAUGUUACAUGUAAUCCACCUGUUGUCAGGGACCUGAACGGUAUAAUCACCGGAUACACACUGGAAUGGGGAUAUUCUAAAGGAAGCCAGGUCUUCGCUUCAACUGUCGUCGGGAAAGGUGGAGAAUCGUCACUGCACGUGGACAUUCCGUCUAGAGCCGCCAAGCCAAUGGUUCAGGUCAGCUACAGUGGCAUCGCCUCGUCCUCUAGUAUCCUUCAGUAUCGGAUAAGCCACUGUAACCCCGUGAUGGACCAUAUCCCCGAAUCGCUUGAUACUGACUUGGGCGUCAGCGGACUCGCCAUCCCGGAAAACAUGGCUUGA